GACCGGCGGGGCCGCCGCGCCCGACACUGCCCCGGCCGCUCGCCCGCUCGCCUCCUUCUCCUGCUCCUUCUCCCGGCCUCGCCAAAGUUUCUCCCUUUCCUCAUCUCGGAGUUUUUUUGGUUUUCUUGCUUUUAAUUUUUUUUUUUCUUAGCGUUUUUGUGCUGACGAGGGCAGGGAGAGCUAAUAAAAAGUUUUCGCAAACUUCUCGCGGUUCUUCCCCUCCUCUCCGCAGCCGGUGGAGACUUCGUUUCUCCGCGUUUUACUUUUUUAAGCCAUCCCCGUCCCUUAGAGCCUGAUUUUUUAAUUUUUUCUUUUAAAUUUUUUUUCGCCCCCUUGUUCCCCCUCGGCCACUUUCUCGCAUGAAUCUCCUCGACCCUUUCAUGAAAAUGACAGAAGAACAGGACAAAUGUAUCUCCGACGCCCCCAGCCCCACCAUGUCGGAUGACUCCGCCGGGUCCCCCUGCCCCUCUGGAUCCGGCUCGGACACGGAGAACACCAGACCCCAAGAGAACACCUUCCCCAAGGGGGACCCGGACCUGAAGAAGGAGAACGACGAGGACAAGUUCCCCGUGUGCAUCCGGGAGGCGGUGAGCCAGGUGCUGAAGGGCUACGACUGGACCCUGGUGCCGAUGCCGGUGCGGGUGAACGGCUCCAGCAAGAACAAGCCGCACGUCAAGAGACCCAUGAACGCCUUCAUGGUGUGGGCGCAGGCGGCCCGCAGGAAGCUGGCGGACCAGUACCCGCAUCUGCACAACGCCGAGCUCAGCAAGACCCUGGGCAAGCUCUGGAGGCUGCUGAACGAGAGCGAGAAGCGUCCCUUCGUGGAGGAGGCCGAGCGGCUGCGGGUGCAGCACAAGAAGGACCACCCCGACUACAAGUACCAGCCCCGGCGGAGGAAGUCGGUGAAGAACGGGCAGGCGGAGCAGGAGGAGGGCUCGGAGCAGACCCACAUCUCCCCCAACGCCAUCUUCAAGGCGCUGCAGGCAGACUCGCCCCAGUCCUCCUCCAGCAUCAGCGAGGUGCACUCGCCCGGGGAGCACUCGGGGCAGUCCCAGGGCCCCCCCACACCCCCCACCACCCCCAAGACGGACCCGCAGCCAGGCAAGCAGGACCUGAAGCGGGAGGGCCGUGCGCUGGGCGAGAGCGGCCGGCAGCCGCCCCACAUCGACUUCCGCGACGUGGACAUCGGCGAGCUGAGCAGCGACGUCAUCUCCAACAUCGAGACCUUCGACGUCAACGAGUUCGACCAGUACCUGCCACCCAACGGGCACCCCGGCCAGCCCGGCCAGGUCACCUACACGGGCAGCUACGGCAUCAGCGGCGCCGCGGGGACGCCGGCGGGCGCCGGCCACGUGUGGAUGUCCAAGCAGCCGCCGCCGGCGCAGCCCCAGCCGCAGCUGCCGGCGCUGAGCGCGGAGCAGGGCCCGCAGCAGCCGCAGCAGCCGCAGCAGCAGAGGACGCACAUCAAGACGGAGCAGCUGAGCCCCAGCCACUACAGCGAGCAGCAGCAGCACUCCCCGCAGCAGCUGAGCUACAGCUCCUUCAACCUGCAGCACUACAGCUCGUCCUACCCCAGCAUCAGCCGCGCCCAGUACGAGUACGGCGAGCACCAGGGCUCGGGCUCCUACUACAGCCACGCCGCCGGCCAGGGCAGCGGCCUCUACUCCACCUUCAGCUACAUGAACCCCUCGCAGCGCCCCAUGUACACCCCGAUCGCAGACACGUCGGGGGUGCCCUCCAUCCCCCAGACCCACAGCCCGCAGCACUGGGAGCAGCCCGUCUACACGCAGCUCACCCGGCCCUAAAGCCGGCGGCCAGAAGAGAAAAAGACGAGAAAAAGAAUCAAAAAGUAAAAAGCAGAAAAGCAGCAAGAAUGAGUUGCCUCAGACUGGUUCAGUGUUUGAAAUUGAAAUGAUAAUUUAAAAAGCCGCUCACGUGGAAGCUGGCGGGGAGGAGAGAGCGCCUCGAGCCUUCUGCACUACAGCAUCCUCCAGGACCCGCUCCCAGCCCCAAAACUGGGGACAGACUUGCCAAGGACUGGACUUGAACUCUGCUUCUUUCAGCGUGGAGAGGAGAUUUCCACCCAACCUGCCCAGCUGGCUCCUUCUCUGGACUUUUGUAAUGAUUUUUUUUUUUUUUUUUAGCAGUAAUUAAAAGAAAGACAAAAAAAAACCAAACGAAAAAAGAAGAAAAAAAAAAUGGGGGGUAAAAGAGAAAACUCGGAGUCCUCUGUGAGGAAUAUUCUCUAUUUUAAAUAUUUUUAGUAUGUACUGUGUAUGAUUCGUUACCAAUUUGAGGGGAUUUAUACCUAAUUUUUAGAGAUUUUUUUUUUCAAAUGCUCUUAUUUUUCCAACAGCUAAAAAAAAAAAUGACACUUAGUGGAGCAGCCCUAGGUUUUCUUGCAGAGGUAUUUUUGUAUAGAGAAGUGUCUUUUUUUGCUCUAAAAAUGAAACUAAACCAGCGUGCCCUGCCCUGGGAACCCAGAUCUGGCACCAGGGCAGGGACCAGCAUGGGAGAGGCUUUAUUUUUCUAACUCGUAGCAAAACCAGCCAGGAGGAGAACUUCACUUUAUUUUUUAAUAACCUUGAGCCUUAAAAGAAAAACAAAAAGAGGGAAAAAAAAAAAAAAAAAGAACAGCUCCAUAAAGCAGCCCCAAAGUGCUGCUGAGAAGCCUUAAAGCAGCCCCGUGAUAAUCAUUGGCCCUGGGCUGGGGGGCUGAGCCCGACCCCUCCGGGCACCCCCCGCCCGCCCCAGGGUGCCAAACCCAGCCAGGGGCUCCUCUCUGCCUUGGGGGACAUCACAAAUCCUUUAAAUUAUUUAUUUGGGGGAGAAGAGCAGCUUUUAAUCACAGUUUUCCUUGGGUUUUGUUGUUUGAAUCUCCCUUCUAAGUCCUUUCAGAAGCGUUGCAUUAGUGGGAGCAUGAUUUGGAAGGUGACCGUGCCUGUUAAAUUAUGGUCUGAAACUGUAACCAGUCCUUUAUUUAUCUCUUCAAUUCCUUUUGGUUGUUAUUAUUAUUAUUAUUAUUAUUCUUUUUUUUUUUUUUUUUUUUGGAAUCUGUGUCCUGGGUUUGUACGAACUUUGUGCUCUUCCUUUUUUUUGGUUUUUUUUUUUUGUUUUUUUGGGGGUUUUUUUUGGUUUUUUUUUUUUUUUUUUUUGUUUUGUUUUGUUUUGUUGUUGUUGUUUUUUUUGUUUUUCUUUGGCCUUCGAGGAGAAACUGGAAGAGAAAAAAAAGGAAAAAAGAAAAAUGAGAUUUGUACAAACUAAAGAUUGCAAAUGUAGCGGAUCACUGAAUCAUUUGCCUUGUUUCCUGCCUCAGCUCUCUGGGACACACGAGCUCGUGCAAGGACGAGCCCCACACCCCAGCCCUGCUGCAGGGGUGGCACCGUUUUAGCCUUCAACCCCCCCAAAAACUGCCUGGGAGAGGUGGGGGGGACACUGAUUUUGGUGAAGCUGUGGCUGAACAGUUAAGGAUUGCUUUUUAAAAAAGACAGCAGACUUUUUUUAUUUAAAAAAAAUGAUAUAUUUGUUAACUUUUUUUUUUUUUUUUAGGGAUUCAGUAGGAGUUAAAAAAAAAUCUUAAAGCACUCUUAUAAUAUGGCAUCUUUCUAUUUUCUGUAUAAAAGCAGAUCUUUUUAAAGUAUUUCUGUAACUUAAAAGACCUGUCCUUUAAAUCAUAUUUUGUCUUUAGGUAAGUUUGGUUUGGUUUUGGUUGCAAGAUCCUUCUCUUCGUGAAACUUACCUUUUUUUGUUUUGUUUUGUUUUUUUGUAUAUUAUUGUUUGCAAUAAAUAUACAUUGUAUUAAAAGUUC